AGCCAUUACGUUACGUGCCCGCGCAGGGGGACCCACCGCCACCCUCCUCCUUUUUCUCUCUUCUCCGUCUCGCGGUCGCGGCCCGCAGAAGAACAGCAGAAGAACGAGGAGAAGGGGGUAGGGGCGGAGGCCAAGGACUCCCAACCCGCACGCGCCCUCAGAGACACGGCGGGACCCGAAUCCGGGCAAGCGCCUGGUAGCCUCGCUUCCGAUUCGAGGGGAGCGGGGAAGAGGUUGGGACCGAGAUUUUUCUGGCCGGCAUGGUGCCCUCCGACAGGGGAAGCGUCGCCACCGCCGUCAGCACGCCUGCCGCCGACAAGCUGCUCCAUGGGCCUGUCUCCGGUAAGAAGAUCCAGAAGAAGGCCCCGAGGAAGGUCCACAAGGCUGAGAGGGAGAAGCUUAAACGCGACCAGCUAAAUGAUCUCUUUGUCGAGCUGGGUGACAUUCUUGACGAAAAUAGGCAGAACAAUGGGAAGGCGUGCAUAUUAGCCGACACCACUCGAAUACUAAGAGAUUUGCUUUCUCAAGUAGAAUCACUUCGGAAGGAAAACGGCACCCUGCAGAAUGAAUCUCAUUAUGUUACAAUGGAGAGAGAUGAGCUGCGGGAUGAGACUACUGUGCUCGGCAAAGAAAUUCUGGAGCUUCAAAACGAGCUGAGGAUGCGGCUGUCAACCAAUCCAGGUUGGGGCCAUGGCACUGCUGAAUCGGACUCCGUAAGCGCAGUUUUUCCAUCGCAGCAGCCAGUGCAGCCACCAAGCAUCGCAAGCACUAUAAUCCCCUUGCAGCAGCCACUGGCACCACCAACAGUGAUUGAACUGUCGUAUGCUGCACCACCACGGGAACUGAAGCUCUUCCCAAAAACGGGCUAUGAACCAUCCAAAGACCAGGAGGCUCCCAACCAUGUGGCGCGACCGCAGGCAAGGUACCCGACGCAGGCGAGUUCUUGGCCUGUAAGCCUGUUUUCUGGCCUUCCAAGGAUGGAAGAUGAGCAAUGCAGCAGCGGCACAAUCGGCACUAGCAUGGAAGCUAGCACCGGUAGAGACUGAGUGGGUCUCCUCCAGCAACUAAAGGGUAUGUUUGAACGUAGUGAGUGUACUGACAGCAGAAGCCGCGUGCAUGUAAAUACGAAUCUUCAUUUUGGAUCUCGGUGCUUAGAUGACACUGAUGGAAAUAGGAGUAUAGUACCCUUUUCAGUUUUCA